AGAGAGAGAGAGAGAGAGAGAGAGAGAGAGAAGUGAUAAGAGGAAGUAGCACUAGAAAAUAGCAGUAUAAAUGCCCCAAGCCUCUCUUAAUUCACUCGCGCCGUUGAGGUCCUCCUUGAGAAUUUCCAUCACCUUUGGCUUUGCCUCUCUCCCUUUAUCCUCUAACUGUCUUUCAUUUCUUCGUUUCUCCUUCCCUACUAGAGCAAUGGCAUCCCACAUUGUUGGAUAUCCUCGCAUGGGGCCCAAGAGAGAGCUCAAAUUUGCCUUGGAGUCUUUCUGGGAUGGGAAAAGUAGUGCUGAUGAUUUGCAGAAGGUGUCGGCAGAUCUUAGAUCAUCAAUCUGGAAGCAGAUGGCUGAUGCUGGAAUCAAGUAUAUUCCUAGCAACACAUUCUCCUACUAUGAUCAGGUGUUAGACACCACAGCCAUGCUUGGGGCUGUACCCCCUAGAUAUGGAUGGAAUGGUGGUGAGAUUGGCUUCGAUGUCUUCUUCUCCAUGGCUAGAGGAAAUGCUUCCGUUCCUGCUAUGGAAAUGACCAAGUGGUUUGACACCAACUAUCAUUACAUUGUUCCAGAAUUGGGUCCAGAAGUUAAGUUUUCCUAUGCAUCUCACAAGGCAGUGAAUGAAUUCAGGGAGGCUAAAUCUCUUGGAAUUGAUACUGUCCCAGUAAUUGUAGGCCCUGUGUCUUACCUGUUGCUAUCAAAACCAGCAAAGGGUGUUGAGAAAUCCUUUUCUCUCCUCUCCCUGUUAGGGAACAUUCUUCCUGUCUACAAGGAGGUUGUGGCUGAGCUAAAGGCAGCAGGUGCUACCUGGAUCCAGUUUGAUGAGCCCACCCUUGUGAAGGAUCUUGAUUCCCACCAAUUACAAGCAUUUACUCACGCAUAUUCCGAGCUAGAGUCAUCUUUGUCUGGCUUGAAUGUUCUGAUUGAGACAUACUUUGCUGAUGUUCCUGCUGAGGCAUUCAAAACACUUACCUCCUUAAAGGGAGUUACUGGGUACGGGUUUGACCUGGUCCGUGGGACAAAGACCCUUGAUUUAAUUAAGGGUGGAUUUCCUUCUGGAAAGUACCUAUUUGCUGGAGUGGUUGAUGGAAGGAAUAUAUGGGCUAAUGAUCUUGCAUCUUCACUCGAUACCCUGAGUGCUCUUGAGGCUAUUGUUGGUAAAGACAAGCUUGUGGUAUCUACAUCCUGCUCUCUUCUCCACACCGCUGUCGAUUUGGUUAAUGAGACUAAGUUGGAUAAAGAAAUCAAGUCAUGGCUUGCAUUUGCUGCUCAAAAAGUAGUGGAAGUUAACGCAUUGGCCAAGGCAUUGGCUGGACAGAGGGAUGAGGCAUUCUUCUCUUCCAAUGCUACAGCUCAGGCUUCAAGAAAAUCCUCUCCUAGGGUGACAAAUGAGGCAGUCCAGAAGGCUGCUGCUGCUUUGAAGGGCUCUGACCACCGCCGUGCCACAAAUGUGAGUGCCAGGCUGGAUGCUCAGCAGAAGCAGUUGAACCUUCCAAUUCUCCCUACCACCACCAUUGGGUCUUUCCCACAAACAAUGGAUCUUAGAAGAGUCCGUCGUGAAUUUAAAGCUAAAAAAAUCUCUGAGGAAGAGUAUGUCAAAGCAAUCACGGAGGAAAUUAGCAAAGUUGUUAAGCUCCAAGAAGAGCUGGACAUUGAUGUAUUGGUACAUGGAGAACCAGAGAGAAACGAUAUGGUUGAGUACUUUGGGGAGCAGUUAUCUGGUUUUGCCUUCACUGUCAAUGGAUGGGUUCAAUCUUAUGGUUCCCGUUGUGUCAAGCCACCUAUCAUCUAUGGAGAUGUUAGCCGCCCAAAGGCCAUGACUGUGUUCUGGUCUUCAUUGGCCCAGAGUAUGACUAAGCGACCCAUGAAAGGAAUGCUUACUGGCCCAGUUACCAUUCUGAACUGGUCCUUUGUCAGAAAUGAUCAGCCAAGGUCUGAGACCUGCUAUCAAAUUGCUUUGGCCAUCAAGGACGAAGUUGAGGAUCUUGAGAAAGCUGGUGUCACUGUUAUCCAAAUUGACGAGGCUGCUUUAAGAGAAGGUUUGCCUCUAAGGAAAUCAGAGGAGGCUUUCUAUCUAAACUGGGCAGUUCACUCCUUUAGAAUCACCAACUGCGGUGUCAAAGACACUACCCAGAUUCAUACCCAUAUGUGCUACUCAAAUUUCAACGACAUCAUUCACUCCAUUAUCGACAUGGAUGCUGAUGUGAUCACCAUUGAGAAUUCUCGAUCAGAUGAGAAACUUCUGUCGGUGUUCCGUGAGGGAGUGAAGUAUGGCGCUGGCAUUGGCCCUGGUGUAUAUGACAUCCACUCUCCAAGGAUCCCAUCCACCGAAGAAAUUGCUGACCGCAUUAACAAGAUGCUUGCUGUUCUUGAGAGCAACAUCCUCUGGGUGAACCCAGAUUGUGGCCUCAAGACUCGCAAGUACACCGAAGUCAAGCCUGCUCUCAGCAACAUGGUUGCUGCCGCCAAGCUUCUCCGCCAGCAGUUGGGCAGUGCAAAGUGAGCUCUUGGCCUGCUUGUCGAAUAAUGUUAUCAUGAGUAACCCCUUGAUAAGGCGGUCUUUUCCUGUUGAAAUUCAAAUAAUGUAUCGGCUUUGUUUUGUUGAGCUUUUUUCUUCUUCUUAAGUUUCAUUACUAGGAUAUGUAGUAGAUUUUGCAAUAUUCUUGAUGGUUUUUUUUUUUUUUUUUUUUUGUUUUUUUUCCUCUAUAAAUGAACAUCAAUAUAAAAAAGAAAAAUAAGCCAUGUAUCUCUUUUCAAGAGCUUGUGAUAUAUCUUUUCUAUGACAAAGUACAAGUGCCAUUGGUGGAAAUUCUUUUCUUUUGGCCAAA